AGUGAAGUACGACGUCUUGCUCUCCUGAACAAAGUAUGAUAGUAAAUACUCUCAGUUUCUGGUUAUUGCUCCUUCAAACUUUAAAAAAAUCACUCUCCAGUAUUUUCAUGGAGACGACUCAGAGCUGCACUGCUUUUUGUGAGGGUGUAAAGGGCAGACGAUGGGAAGCAAAGACAGAUGAAAAGCUCCAUAACUCAAGUUUCGAGGAGACCACAGUGCAUUACUCUAGAAACCUGAUCCUGCUAGCAGAGCGAGGUUACAUGUACAGCUGCUGAUAUAUACCUGUCUGUUCCAUAAAGGGAGUUAAGAGGAGGAGAAGAGACGAAAACAGAGUCAAUUAUGAGACAUAUCUGAAAGAGGAGGACGUGCCACACAUCUGGCAGCAGCUGGAUGUCAUAGUGCGAGUGGGAAGGAGAGACAGAAAGUAAAAGUUGGGAGAGUGUUGGGAUGUGAAGAUACGACAGCUCUCCACAGAAGAAGAGUUUUUUAAGCGUCCCUGCACUGGACCUGCACACUCUCGUCCUAAUUAUAUUACAGCUGCGAGCCGAGGGUGGAGAGAGCAUCAGAGAAAACGAGAGAGAGAGAGAGAGAAAGAGAGAGAGAGGGGAAGAAAUCAGGAGAAAAGUGCGCGGCAGUGACAGAACGGAGAGAAGCAGCUGGUAUUCAAACCACACAGAAGAAGGACUUCCUGCUGAGACUUGAAGCAUCAUCAUCAUCAUUUCAAGUUGAGGAGUGUCUGCUCUGCUCGUCAUGGCUCCUCCCGCUCUGUUGAUGGUGCUGAUGGUGGUUUCCAUGGCAACUGGGGCCCGUUCAGUCAGCAGCGAGGAGGAGAACGAACUGGAUUAUGGGUACUGGAACUACAGAGAGGGAGCUGAUAGAGUCAACGUGGCCUCGGUACGCAGUGUGACCAGAGUUUUAGACGCCUGGGGAAAACGCAUUUUCAAUGAGAUCAAGACUCUGCUGCACUCACAGCCCAGCACACUGCUGCCUGACUACUCCAGGGUGCGCCCUCUGUCCGAGUCCGUCAACGACCUGUUCAGAGAAGUCUCCCUGCUGCACCGGCGCAUCACCGAGCUCAGCCAUCGCCUAGCAACCCUGGAACCUUUCCUCCGUCUCCACGGCUACCGAGAGGAGGGGGAGGAGGGGGCGAGAGGAGGCCGGGCUCUGAGCCUGAGAGGGGAGGUGCCAAGCCUGGCCCGGUUCAGACCGAGGCCCGGACUGAGGGGGAGCCCACCGAGGGGGAGCCGGGUGGUGAGGAAGCGACGGCUGAGAGUGUUGAAAGACGGGGGAGGGAAGGUGGUCCAGACUGAGACAUAGAGUGGACAGGAGGAAGGUAAAGAGAGGGAAAGUUUCAGAUUUUGCAAAUAUUAUAUAAUGUGUGAAAUAUAUCUUUGAAAUGUGCAGAUUUUCUUUUUUUUUUUUUAAACAACAAUAACUUGUCCUGUGAGGUCAGGACUGAUUUUGUAGUCAAUGAGAUAACUUCUUGAAUAAACUCUUGUGAUUGUCACUA